CCAGCGCCCAAGGCUCCUGAAGUCCCUUUGCUGGAACUUGCUCUCUGCCCUCCUAGAGCCAUGCUUCGUGUGAUUGUGGAAUCUGCCAGCAAUAUCCCUAAAACGAAGUUUGGGAAGCCGGAUCCCAUUGUUUCUGUUAUUUUCAAGGAUGAGAAAAAGAAAACAAAGAAAGUGGAUAAUGAACUCAAUCCUGUCUGGAAUGAGAUUUUGGAGUUUGACUUGAGAGGUAUACCACUGGACAUUUCAUCUGCCCUGGGGAUUGUUGUGAAAGAUUUUGAGACAAUUGGACAAAACAAACUGAUUGGCACCGCCACCAUAGCCCUGAAGGACCUGACGGGUGAUCAGAGCAGAUCAUUGCCCUACAAACAAGUGUCUCUGCUAAAUGAUAAAGGGCAAGAGACUGGGGCCACCAUUGACUUGGUUAUUGGCUAUGAACCACCUUCAACUCCACAUCCAAACGAUCCUAAUGGGACCAUCGUGGCAGGGAUGGGAGGAGAUGAAGAGGAAGAGGAUGGUGGUGAGGACAGGUUCGACAACCCAGUCAGGGGCCCUGGGCCCAAGGGUCCAGUGGGGAUUGGGUCUGAAGCUCAGCUUGCUCGGAGGAUAACAAAAGGCAAGAACCGCCGGUUGCUGUCCAACAAGCCACAGGACUUCCAGAUCCGUGUCCGGGUGAUCGAGGGUCGGCAGUUAAGCGGCAACAACAUAAAGCCUGUGGUCAAGGUUCAUAUCUGUGGACAGACCCACCGCACUAGGAUCAAGAGAGGGAACAACCCCUUCUUUGAUGAGUUAUUUUUCUACAAUGUCCACAUCACCCCCUCUGAGUUGAUGGAUGAGAUUAUCAGCAUUCGGGUUUAUAAUUCCCAUUCAUUGAGGGCAGACUGUCUGAUGGGGGAAUUUAAGAUUGAUGUUGGAUUCGUUUAUGAUGAACCUGGUCAUGCUGUUAUGAGGAAAUGGCUUCUUCUCAACGACCCUGAAGAUGCCAGCUCGGGUGCCAAAGGCUACAUGAAAGUCAGCAUGUUCGUCCUAGGAACCGGUGAUGAACCUCCUACUGAGAAACAAGACCGUGACAGUGACAGUGACGAUGUGGAGAGUAAUCUGCUGCUCCCCGCUGGCAUUGCCCUCCGGUGGGUGACCUUCCUGCUGAAGAUCUACCGAGCGGAGGACAUCCCUCAGAUGGAUGACGCCUUCUCACAGACAGUAAAAGAAAUAUUUGGAGGCACCGCAGAUAAGAAAAAUCUAGUGGAUCCUUUCGUAGAAGUUUCCUUUGCUGGUAAAAAGGUUUGCACAAAUAUAAUUGAGAAAAAUGCAAACCCUGAGUGGAAUCAAGUCGUUAAUCUUCAGAUCAAGUUUCCUUCAGUGUGUGAAAAAAUAAAACUAACAGUGUAUGACUGGGAUCGUCUUACAAAAAAUGAUGUCGUUGGAACAACAUACCUGCACCUGUCUAAAAUUGCAGCCUCUGGUGGGGAAGUAGAAGAUAUCUCAUCUUCGGGAUCUGGGGCUGCAUCAUAUACAGCAAAUACAGGAGAAACAGAGGUGGGCUUUGUUCCAACAUUUGGCCCUUGUUAUCUGAACCUUUAUGGAAGCCCCAGAGAGUAUACAGGAUUCCCAGACCCCUAUGAUGAGCUAAAUACUGGAAAGGGGGAAGGCGUUGCCUACAGAGGCAGGAUUUUGGUUGAACUAAGCACUUUUCUUGAGAAAACACCACCAGAUAAAAAACUUGAGCCCAUUUCAAAUGAUGACUUACUGGUUGUUGAGAAAUACCAGCGAAGGCGGAAGUACAGCCUGUCUGCAGUGUUCCAUUCAGCCACCAUGCUACAAGAUGUUGGUGAAGCCAUUCAGUUUGAAGUCAGCAUUGGGAACUAUGGUAACAAGUUUGAUGCAACCUGCAAGCCUUUGGCAUCAACCACUCAAUACAGCCGGGCCAUAUUUGAUGGAAACUUCUAUUAUUACUUGCCAUGGUCUCACACAAAGCCAGUUGUUACCCUGACUUCAUACUGGGAGGAUAUCAGCCAUCGCCUGGAUGUGGUGAACAUUCUUCUAGGUGUGGCAGAAAGACUGGAAUCAAAUAUAGAGGCUCUAAAAUCAGGGAUUCAAGGAAAAAUUCCUGCAAACCAGUUGGCCGAAAUGUGGUUGAAGCUGAUUGAUGACAUUAUAGAAGAUACAAGAUGCCCACUGCCUGUCCCAGAAGGAAAACCCAAUGUCACAGUUCUUGAUACUCAGAUACAGAGGCUGCGAUUUAGAGCUCUAGAUCAGAUACAAGAAGCAGCCGUGAGAAUGAGGUCUGAGGCCACGGACUUGAAAUCCACUUUGGUGGAAAUUGAAGACUGGCUUGAAAAAAUAUUGCAGCUGACUGAAGAGCCUCAGAACAGUAUGCCUGACAUUAUCAUCUGGAUGAUCCGCGGUGAGAGAAGACUGGCUUAUGCACGAAUUCCUGCACAUCAGGUUUUAUAUUCCACCACUGGCGAGAAUGCAUCAGGGAAGUAUUGUGGGAAGACACAGACCAUCUUUUUGAAGUAUCCGCAGGAAAAAACCAAUGGACCAAGGGUGCCCGUGCAGUUGCGAGUGAACAUCUGGCUGGGCUUGAGUGCUGUGGAGAAGAAGUUCAACAGUUUCGCAGAAGGCACAUUCACUGUCUUUGCUGAAAUGUAUGAGAAUCAAGCUAUCAUGUUUGGAAAGUGGGGCACAUCUGGAUUAGUAGGUCGUCACAAAUUCUCUGAUGUCACAGGAAAAAUAAAGCUCAAGAAACAAUUCUUUUUGCCUCCCAAAGGCUGGGAAUGGGAAGGAGACUGGAUAGUUGAUCCCGAAAGAAGUCUGCUGACUGAGGCGGACGCGGGUCACUCAGAGUUUACGGAUGAAGUGUACCAGAAUGAGAGUCGCUACCCCGGAGGCGAGUGGAAGCCGGCUGAGGACACCUACACAGAUGCGAAUGGAGAUAAAGCAGCAUCACCUGGCGAGCUCACGUGCCCUCCAGGCUGGGAAUGGGAAGAUGAUGCUUGGAUAUAUGACAUAAAUCGUGCAGUAGACGAGAAAGGCUGGGAGUAUGGAAUUACCAUUCCUCCUGAUAAUAAGCCCAAGUGUUGGGUUGCAGCAGAGAAAAUGUAUCAUACUCACAGGCGGCGGAGGCUUGUCCGCAAACGCAGGAAGGAUUUAACACAAUCUUCUUCAAGUACUGCGAAGGCUAUGGAAGAACUUGAAGACCGAGAAGGCUGGGAAUAUGCUUCUUUAAUUGGCUGGAAAUUUCACUGGAAACAGCGUAGUUCAGACACAUUUCGCCGAAGACGCUGGAGGAGAAAAAUGGCUCCUUCAGAAACCCAUGGUGCGGCUGCUAUCUUUAAGCUUGAAGGAGCCCUCGGUGCAGACACGACCGAGGAUGGAGAAGAGAAAGAUUCGGAAAAGGGGAAGCAUAGCGCCACCACUGUGUUUGGAGCCAACACUCCUAUUGUCUCCUGUAACUUUGACAGAGUCUACGUUUACCAUCUGCGCUGCUACAUCUAUCAAGCCAGAAACCUCAUGGCUUUAGAUAAGGAUAGCUUUUCAGAUCCAUAUGCCCAUGUCUCCUUCCUCCAUCGAAGCAAAACCACUGAAAUCAUCCAUUCAACUUUGAAUCCUACAUGGGACCAAACAAUUAUAUUUGAUGAAGUUGAAAUUUAUGGGGAACCCCAAACCAUCCUGCAGAACCCGCCAAAAGUUGUCAUUGAACUAUUUGAUAGUGACCAAGUGGGUAAAGAUGAAUUUUUAGGACGAAGCAUGUGCUCUCCUCUGGUGAAACUUAAUUCAGAAAUGGACAUCACACCCAAACUUCUCUGGUACCCUGUAAUGAAUGGCGGCAAGGCAUGUGGGGAUGUGCUUGUAGCUGCAGAGCUAAUUCUGAGGAACAAGGAUGGCUCCAACCUUCCCAUUCUUCCUUCACAACGGGCACCGAAUCUAUACAUGGUCCCCCAGGGGAUCAGGCCCGUGGUUCAGCUCACUGCUAUUGAGAUUCUAGCUUGGGGUUUGAGAAACAUGAAAAGCUUCCAGAUGGCUUCUAUCGCAUCGCCCAGUCUUGUUGUGGAGUGUGGAGGGGAAAGGGUGGAAUCAGUGGUGAUCAAAAACCUGAAGAAGACACCCAACUUUCCAAGUUCUGUUCUCUUCAUGAAAGUGUUUUUGCCCAAGGAGGAGCUGUACAUGCCACCACUGGUGAUCAAGGUCAUCGACCACCGGCAGUUCGGGAGAAAGCCUGUUGUCGGCCAGUGCACCAUCGAGCACCUGGACCGCUUCCGCUGUGACCCAUAUGCAGGAAAGGAGGACAUUGUGCCACAGCUGAAAGCAUCCCUUAUGUCUAGUCCGCCCUCCCGGGACAUCAUUAUUGAAAUAGAAGACUCCAAACCAUUACUGGCUUCCAAGCUGACAGAAAAGGAGGAAGAAAUUGUCGACUGGUGGAGUAAAUUUUAUGCUUCUACAGGGGAUUUUGAAAAAUGUGGACAAUAUAUACACAAGGGUUAUUCCAAACUCAAGGUAUAUGAUUGUGAACUUGAAGAUGUGGCAGAAUUUGAGGGGCUGACAGACUUCUCUGAUACUUUCAAGCUGUAUCGAGGUAAAUCAGAUGACAAUGAAGAUCCUUCUGUAGUAGGAGAAUUUAAGGGCUCCUUUAGGAUCUACCCCCUGUCGGAUGACCCCAGCGUGCCGGCCCCUCCCCGGCAGUUUCGGGAAUUACCUGACAGCGUCCCGCAGGAAUGCACGGUUAGGAUUUACAUUGUUAGAGGCUUAGCGCUCCAGCCCCAGGACAACAAUGGCCUGUGUGACCCUUAUAUCAAAAUAACCCUGGGGAAAAAAGUCAUUGAAGAUCGGGACCACUACGUCCCCAACACUCUCAACCCGGUUUUUGGCAGAAUGUAUGAACUGACCUGCUACUUACCUCAAGAAAAAGACUUGAAAAUUUCUGUCUAUGAUUAUGACACCUUCACCCGCGAUGAAAAAGUGGGAGAGACGACAAUUGAUCUGGAAAACCGAUUCCUUUCUCGGUUUGGGUCCCACUGUGGCAUACCUGAACAGUAUUGUGUUUCUGGAAUAAAUACCUGGCGAGAUCAGCUGAGACCCACAGAGUUACUACAAAAUGUAGCCAGAUUCAAAGGCUUCCCACGGCCCAUCUUGAGUGAAGAUGGAUGUCGAAUCAGAUACGGGGGCCGGGACUACAGUUUGGAUGAAUUUGAAGCCAACAAAAUUCUGCACCAGCACCUGGGAGCCCCUGAUGAGCGUCUUGCCCUUCACAUCCUCAGGACACAGGGACUGGUUCCUGAACACGUGGAAACACGGACUUUGCACAGUACCUUCCAGCCCAACAUCUCUCAGGGAAAACUUCAGAUGUGGGUGGAUGUUUUCCCCAAGAGUCUGGGGCCACCAGGCCCUCCUUUCAACAUCACACCCCGUAAAGCCAAGAAAUACUACCUGCGCGUGAUCAUCUGGAACACCAAGGAUGUUGUCUUGGAUGAGAAAAGUAUCACAGGAGAGGAAAUGAGUGACAUCUAUGUCAAAGGCUGGAUUCCUGGUAAUGAAGAAAACAAACAGAAAACAGAUGUCCAUUACCGGUCCUUGGAUGGUGAAGGGAAUUUUAACUGGAGAUUUGUUUUCCCAUUUGACUACCUCCCAGCAGAACAACUUUGUAUCGUUGCCAAAAAAGAACAUUUCUGGAGUAUUGACCAAACUGAAUUCCGUGUCCCACCUAGACUGAUCAUUCAGAUCUGGGACAAUGACAAGUUUUCUCUGGAUGACUACUUGGGUUUCCUGGAGCUUGAUUUACAUCACACCAUCAUUCCAGCGAAAUCAUCAGAGAAAUGCAAUUUGGAUAUGAUUCCAGACCUCAAGACCAUGAACCCCCUUAAAGUUAAAACCGCCUCCCUCUUUGAGCAGAAGUCUAUGAAAGGAUGGUGGCCAUGCUAUGCAGAUAAAGAUGGCACCCGGGUGAUGGCGGGGAAAGUGGAGAUGACGUUGGAAGUCCUCAAUGAGAAGGAGGCUGAUGAGAGGCCAGCCGGGAAGGGACGAGAUGAACCCAACAUGAACCCCAAGCUGGAACCACCAAACCGCCCAGAAACCUCCUUCCUCUGGUUCACCAAUCCGUGCAAGACCAUGAAGUUCAUUGUGUGGCGUCGCUUUAAAUGGGUCAUCAUUGGUCUCCUGAUCUUGUUCAUCCUAUUGCUCUUUGUGGCCGUGCUCCUGUACUCCUUACCGAAUUAUUUGUCGAUGAAGAUUGUGAGGCCAAAUGCAAAAUGAAAGCAGACUUCUUUUCAAAAGUCGCCUUGAAGUGAAGGAAGACUUUCUCUGUUGAUGGACUAAAAUGCAAAGUGAUUUUCUUUGUGUCUGAGACUAUUCCAAUGGCAAUUCCUCUCCUUCACCAAGGCUAUUCCGAGAGGCCUGGUUGUAAAGUUAAGCCAAUGUGCAACAUUUUUAUCUUAUUGUCUUUUUAGGUAUCAAAGUUUUAAACUUGUUUUUCAGAAUAUUUUCCAAGGUGGCUGGUUCCAUUAUAAGAUCAACUUUUUUUUUUUAUGUGUCCUUAGUUGUAGAAUUCAACUUUUGAAAAUUGUUGAAAUUGAAUUUAAAAUAUUUUGCAUCUUGAGUUCCUAGGCUCCUUAUUUGUAAUCAACACAAAGGACUGUGCAUUAUAAAAGCAAUUCAUAUGAUUAAUUUUUAUUUAUGCCUGCAAGCAAUGUUUUUCUUUUUUAUAUGGAUAAAUAUCAUGAGACUCUAUUCAGCCUCAGGGGUGAGCUCAAAUAAAAAUGUUUCACCUUUGA